CUUCGUGCCCUCAACCAGUAUGGCGGAGCCACGGGCGCGCCGCGGGGAGGCCGUGCGAGUCGGGCGGUUCCGACGCCCGCGCUGAGGCGGGGAGGAGGGGCGGAGGACGCCCGUGCGGCCGGUGCGUCUGCCCUCAGUGAGGCGGGGCGCGCGGCGGACGCCCCCGGGCAGGGGCGGGAGUGGUGGAGGGCCGGUGGUUGGCUGUGAAAGGGGCGGUGAGCGAGGUGCUUCGGUCUCAAGGCGAGGCUUGGCCUCCCCAGCAGAGACGGGGGGAAGAGGCGGCGGCAGCGGCGGCCCUUGGGCCGGCUGGUGAGGCGAUGGCGGCACCAGCCCCGGGGCCUGGCGGAGCCUCUGGUGGCGCUGGCUGUAGCGGCGGCGGCGGCGCGGUCGGCGGCUCGGGAUCCGGGUCCGCGGGCGCAGGGGGCCGGCUGCCCAGCCGGGUGCUGGAGUUGGUGUUUUCCUACCUGGAGCUGUCCGAGCUGCGGAGCUGCGCCCUGGUGUGUAAGCACUGGUACCGCUGCCUGCACGGUGAUGAGAACAGCGAGGUGUGGCGGAGCCUUUGCGCCCGCCGCCUGGCAGAAGAGGCUCUGCGCACGGACAUCCUCUGCAACCUGCCCAGCUACAAGGCCAAGGUGCGUGCUUUCCAACAUGCCUUCAGCACUAAUGACUGCUCCAGGAAUGUCUACAUUAAGAAAAAUGGUUUUACUUUACAUCGAAACCCCAUUGCUCAGAGUACUGAUGGUGCAAGGACCAAGAUUGGUUUCAGUGAGGGCCGCCAUGCAUGGGAAGUGUGGUGGGAAGGCCCUCUGGGCACUGUGGCAGUGAUUGGAAUUGCUACAAAACGAGCCCCCAUGCAAUGCCAAGGGUAUGUGGCAUUACUGGGCAGUGAUGACCAGAGCUGGGGCUGGAAUCUGGUGGACAAUAAUCUACUACAUAACGGAGAAGUCAAUGGCAGUUUUCCACAGUGCAACAAUGCACCAAAAUAUCAGAUAGGAGAAAGAAUUCGAGUCAUUUUGGACAUGGAAGAUAAGACUUUAGCUUUUGAACGUGGAUAUGAGUUCCUGGGGGUUGCCUUUAGAGGACUUCCAAAGGCCUGCUUAUAUCCAGCAGUUUCUGCUGUAUAUGGCAACACAGAAGUGACUUUGGUUUACCUUGGAAAACCUUUGGAUGGAUGACAGUGGCUUUCUUGAGAUGAAAAACUGAAUGGAGAAGAUACCUGCUUGUGGAAAGUAGAAUCAUGAAGUGACAGUGUCAUACAUGCAUGCCCAAGAAACAUCCUGAAAAACACAUGAAAUUGCUAACUGGAGAAGCAACUCUACAGCAGAGAUUAUCUUAGUGUUUCCUCUUUCUACUGGGCCAGAAAAAUCCUCAGGGUUGCAGUUGGUUGAGUGGGCAGUUGACAUAUGCAUGUUGCAACAGAUUUUGUCUCUAAGUUAGCAAUGUGUUAUUUCCAACUUUUAAGGUGAGAUUUUAGAGAUGCUAUAAAAGGGAUAAGAUAAGGAAAUAGCAAGAUUUUUAAGUAGUGUGUUUGUGAAGAAAGACUGAUCCUGUUUUACAACUGCCUGUUUUUUCUCCAGACCCUUUUUUCCAGCCAGCUUGACUAUUAGAAAAGUAUGAAACUGGUUGGGUUUUAUUUAAUAUUUUUAAUAUAUUGAGAAGCAUGGUCUGCCUGGACUGCACUUCUCUAACAGUGAGAUGUAAAAUUGUGCAGCUAUUUUAAAAGUUGUAUAUAUAAUAAGUGUGUAAAAAAACCUGUAAAAACAAAAACAGGACAAAGGGGUUGCUUUGUUCUAGUUCAAUUUCUUAAAAACCACUACAUGGUACAAAAUUAGAAUAACAUUUAGGGAAAAAUAGGUAACUACAAAGAAGAGGAUUAAGAGGAGAUGUGCUGUAUUGGCUCAUUUUUAAAUUAAUUUGGUUUACAGUUUCCAUAGCUAUUACAGUCUGGUUAUUUUUCUUUUAAUGAUCAAAAUUAUUGUAAAGAUCCCUCAGUCUCUUGAGUUUAAGAUUGAGGGAAGGCAAAUCUAUUUCUAAUCAUACAUGUAUCAGUAGUAAUAAGAAUAAUGUGCAUCUUAUAGUAUCUGGUUUUAUUUUUUUGGCCUUCUGAGAAAGUAUCUCAUAACAACACAGAACAUUGCCAUUUGCUCUUACAGGCCUCAAAUAUGAAAGCUGUUAGUCACAGACCUAAGGAAGAGAAUUAAUGGUCCUUUUAUUUUGUAAUUUCAUAAUGCUAUAGAUAUUAUAAUUUUUUUUAAAUUUUAUAUUGUUUACAUCAUGGCAACAAAUCUAAGCCUCAGACUCUUCAUUGGGGUUAUCAAGAAAAUGUUUACUCACCCACCUGAAACAGUGCCAGCCUGAACCCAGGUUAAGAAUGUUCUUAAUCUCAUCAUAGAUAAUUGCCCCCAUGGGACUUGAAAUAAAAUACCUUGUGCUGAAAACUUCAGGUUGGCAAUAUUUUGAAGGUUUCAUUGUAGAAGAGCUUGACAUUAGUUUUUGACUAAUAAAUCUGAUUUCACUAAUAUUCUUGAGUUAAUCUAACAUACAUGAGCAGAGAUUUUCUUUUGUUAUAAGAGAAACAAACAUCCUUCCGUAUGAAAGUAUAAAUGUAUGGUUUCAGAUGCAUCUUUGUGAUAAGAAUUGACUAAGGCAGAUGAAAUCUUUGCCUUUUAGGUUAUUGCUGUGCGUAAUUUUGUUUUAAAUCUAAUCAAAUUAGAGAUACCAAGCAGCUGGCUGGGGUUCUUGGGUUGCUCCUUGAGAGUUAAGCUUAUCAGUACUCUCAUGAAGCAGGGGAUUUCAGUCAUGAACAAAGAUUUAUUUUUGCCACCUGACAGGUUUACAAAUAUUUAUUGUGUAUUUGGUAUGUUGCUUAAAGGUGAAAUCCGUUAAAAGUCCUUUUCAAUAUCCAUGUCAAGAAGAAACCUCCUGAAAAACCAUAUUUAAUAGUACAGAGUAAGACUAUACGUUAAAUGUAUUAGAGAAUAUAGCUGCUACAGAAAUUGAUUUUUCUUGGUGUAGAACAACUCAAUUUAAUUGGCAAAGUUUAAAAUUUAAAGAAAACUGGUUCAGGAUGAAGAUUGAUAAAUGAUAAAACAAUAAAGUCCCUUAUGUGCUUGGUCUUUUUUCAGGGUAUGAUAUAGCCAAUUCCAAGAGCGUUUGCGAGAGUUUUGUUUAUAAAUUCUGUUUUGUCUUAUUAGUAAACAUUCAUUUGUAACAAAGUUUUGAAGGUGCUGAAUGGAAAACAGAAACAUGGGGUUAUUGCACAUUGAACCUAGAAUCAAAUAAUUGCCUAAAUAUUUAACAAAAAGCCAUUCUUAUCUCAAAACUGAAAUUCUCUAAUAUGCUAUUUGCAAUUUUAUAGAAUGGAGGUUCAUAUUUAGAAUGAGCAUCAGGGGAAUGAAGAACCUUCAUUUGUAACUUGGUGAAGUAUUUUAUUACUGGAUACCAAUAGCUGUACAGAGAAUAUUAAACCAAACUAUUACAAUGUUCAAGGAAAAGGAAUCUCUUUUUCAUUGGUGCUGAGAGAGCAUUCAGGUAGAAGAUGUUGCACCUGAAAGUUGAGUGUCAGUCAUCUAAACCAGUGGUUCUCAAACUUAGCUGUACUUUGGAGUCAUCUACAUUUUGAAAAAUCUUGAUGCUUUUAGGGUCUCAUACCCUAAAAUUCUGAUGUUGUUCUGAUGUUGGACAUGGUCAUAAGGAUUUUUUUAAGCUUCCUAGGUGAUUUCAAUAUGCUGCUAAGGUUGAGUUUUAAAUUCACCUUAAGUUUUCUCAUCUGCAAAAUUAAAAAAAAAAAAAAAUCCCUGCUCCCUUCACUACCUCACAAGUAUAUUGAGGGUAAAGGAGAAAAUAAUGGGAAAGUACUUGUGUGAUGGAUAAAAAGUGCUAUUGAAAGGCAAAGUAGUAUUUGUUGUAUUUCAACUGAAACUAUGACCAGGAAAGAAAAAUAUGUAAUUGAAUUUACUUUGUUGACUUGGGAAACCGGGAGCAUUCUCUUUGGUUCUUAACUUUAGUGAAGCAUGCAGAUGUGCAAACACUCAAUACUAUUACUCUUAUUCAUACUAUGGUCUUCUGUCAUACUUGAGAUAGGCUGUUUUAAUUAUCUGGUUCUACAUAGGAAAGAAACAUUAAGGCUUAAAUUCUGUAAUGGCCAAUGGCUCACAAUUCAUUAAAACUUUUCAUACAAGGAGUUCUGUGGUUAAUAUAUGUAAUCAUUUCAUAGUUGCCAUUUUUUUUCAUUAUCUGACUUGAUUAUUAAGCCAUUUAUUUCAUCUCCUUCAUUCUUACUCAUGUAAAUUUAGGUAUAGAUUUUAUAAAGCACAUAGAGCAAGUAGGUUUUGCCCAGUUGACUAAAGUCAUGGCUAAAUGAUUAGGCAUCAUCUGCCUUUUAGAUAUGAUUUAACUUGGGAAAGAGAGUUACAAAAAUAACAGCCCAAAACCAUACAGUAGGUAUUAUAAUUAACUUAUAAUUUAAGUCCCCAAACUGCUGUUUAUAUAAACUAUAAUAUUAAUAUUUUUUGAUCUUUAAAAAAAAAAGAACAGUUUUGAAGAGAUAGAAAUGUAAAGAGUUUUAAAGAUUACUUCCUGGAAAUCAAGACCAUCUCAAUUAGGACCACUCUGAAGUCUUUCUGGAAGGAACAGUCCAUACCCAGUCCAAAUACUAUCCUCAUAAAGCAUUCCUAAUUUCUCUAGCUGAAUGUAAUCUCUCCUUCCUUCAAAUUUCCCUAUUUUUAUAUUUAUACUUAACUCAUGCUAUAUUACUUUAUACCUUGUAUAAAUUUAUUUGUAUUUAUUAUUUGUUGGUGUCUUAUCUCCUCUAAACAUCUUAGGACAGGAUCUCUGAUGGACUCAUCUUUAUGCCCACAUCAUCUAAGCCCAAUAGGCAGGUGCUCACACAUUUCCUGAAGGAACAGAGAAAGAAUUAUGUAGGGACACUAAAGCUGCUCUGAAGUUACAGACUAUAUUAACAAAAGAUAGAUGAGAAAGAAAUUCUGUAUCCUAUUUUAAGUGAAGCACGAAGGAAAGGGACGUAAAUCUGAGGUUAAUAAGGAAGAAAUAAGGACUGUGAAUGCAUUUUAGCCAUUCCCCUUUAUGCUUAAAUAUUGAUAAACUGGUUUUUAGUUUCGGGUGUAAAUUUCAUAUUUGUUUAGAAUUAAAAUUAGAAUUCUGUAUUUUAA